CUUUGGUGCAUAAUGCUGGCGAUCUGUUUGCAUGACACCCGAGCAACAAUGGCGUCCGUCGGAGAAAAAUUUGAUGCUGCAGUGACUGUCAUCAAAAAACUUCCGAAAAAUGGCCCAUUUCAACCAUCGUUUGAGCUGAUGAAACGUUUCUAUGGCCUGUAUAAACAGGCUACAGAGGGCCCAUGCCAUGAGACAAAACCUGCAUUCUGGAAUGUUGUACAGACACAGAAAUGGCAAGCAUGGUCUGUGUUAGGUAGCAUGGAGAGUGAGGAGGCAAAGAGGUUGUAUGUUGAAGAACUUUUACAGACUAUCCUGGAUAAUUCCAAAGCUCGGGAUAUUCCUCACAUGUACAAAAUUAUAGAGACCAUGCCACAGACGGAUGAGGUGGUGACCUUUCUCAAGGUCAUGGGUCCCUUCUUUGAACUUGUCCACGAGGGAGAACCGGAGCAUGUCCCAGCAUCAUCUCGUCCGCAGGUCACAAAGGUCAAUGGACAUGUCAAUGGAGGGGUCAAGAUGAAAGAGACAAAAGUGGAUGAAAGAGGUGACCAAGCCAGAACCCUUCAAAAUGGAGAUCUGAGCGAUGUCUCUGAUUACACCAAUGGUUACUUGGAGGAUGACCAUGACCUGAUUGAGAGGUCAAAGGGCAAGACGGAGCAACUGGAGAGCUCUAGUACCGAAGCGGAGGUCAAUGGCCAUAGCGAGGAGGGGGAGGUCACAAAAGAAGAAACGAGAGAAAGCAGCUAUGUGAGGGUUGUAUCUACGCACCAAGGAGAGAAUUCUGCUGAGCUCAGUCAUCCCAUUCUGAUCUCUAAGAGCCAGCUUGAAGCAGCAGAGGAACACCUACCCUCGACCAGUGAGAGCGAUUCUGAUGGAGACGAGUUCUGUGACUCUGUGGAUGAACCUCUCAUCAGUAGAAUAAGCGUAGCUCACAUAUCCAAGACGGAUUCGCUCCCAUCUGUUAUGGAGGAGGAAGAGGACCAGAGGAAGCACCUCACAUCAACUCCAUUCAGUGGAGACCAUGCCGUAGUCACCAGGGCAGAAGUCCAUAAUGAUGUUGAUGCUGUCAUCUUGCCUCAGUACACUUCAAGCUCCAGUUCAGCACCCACCAUUUCGACACCUUCCAUGCGAGGUGGCGGAGAGGUCACUGAGGGGUCGAAAGGUCACCAAGGUCAAGACAGUGCAUUGAACCAGUCUGGUCAAGGUCAUUUAAGUGGGUACGUAUCCUCAGACAGUUUCCAGAACCUUCGAUCCUCUGGAUCACAAGACUCGUCCGAUGGGGUUGGCAGGAGGAGAGAAGGAGAGGGAGGGGGUGCUGGUAGGGGGGCACCCGGUGGUGCUGGUAGUCCCCUUAGAUCACCCUUACCGGAUGGAAUGGUAGAGCAGAUCACCAUCUCACUGGAGAGGCUUCAGAGAGACAUGAACAGUGUCCUGGUCAGACUCAACACGCUGGAGACCAUCGCUAUAUCAAGACAUCAGCUCGAGACUCAGCAAGCAUACAUGAGAGAGGGGAUUCCCCUACCCAAGGAGAGCGCCCCCAUCAGGACUCCGCCCCAACCAGCCACGCCCUCCUGGUGGCCCUUCUCUACCCUCCCUGUGAGAACCGUCUUCAUCCUCCUGGUCUGGCCCUUCAUCGUCCAGUGGAUCCUCAGGUUCCUUGCAAGGCAUCGGAGAGCACGACCACCGCCUCGAUGAGGGAUCUAUCAUCGUAUGUACUUGUAAAGAAUACAAAUUGGAGAAUCUAUUCCUGUGAUGCAACAGCUCUGAAUCGAUCAAUUAAAAAUGGCCCAGAACAUUGCAUAUCAAUAUGUCAUCUGUUCAAUCCUAACUAACAAUAAACACUAUACUGUAUUUUGAAAGCCAGAAGGGCUUUAACUCUGUCUGAAAGUAUAAGAGUUAAUGCCCUUCUAGCUCUAGAACAGACAAUAUAUGGUCAACUGUGAGUCAGAGUGGUGUUAACUCGUAUCCUUUAACACAGAGUAAUAAUGCCCUUCUGGCUCUCAACAGACAAUAUGGUGUUAUAUCAUUAGUUAGGGUUGUAAAAGGUUCUUGCAGGAAGAGGCAUACACGUGUCAAUCAUGUAUCAUUUAUGUCCUGAAAAGCUGUUCAACAAGUCCAAGGCUAUCCGGUAUCAUAGUCUUCACAUAGAAUUUGAACCAGGGAAUACGAGAUCUUCUUGUUUAAUAGGACAAUAACAAUUUAGAAGUUAAAAGACUUUUGAAAAUUCAUUGAACACUAUAUCAUUAUUAUAUACCAUUAUUACUGUUAAUACUUGCCAAUACUUCUGAUAUGCAGUAUUCUCUUGUGCCCCUGCAUUCUCUAUUGCAAUGUUGUAGGACAUACAGAAAUUUGUAUCAUGAUGGGUGUGGUAUACAUUUAUCUGUAUUUGGUUCAGAGCUUUGUACAUACAUUAACUGAUAUGCGCACAUGUGUAAUAAAUGUUGAUCUCUGCAGUGGGAGCUUUUAAUCAAAUGAAAUCAAAAGAUAUUAGGAUCUUAAACCAUGUUUGUCCAAUCAUUGUUUUUAGGUGACUCUUGCAGUAACAAUACCAUUUUUUAAAGUUUGAAUAAUGCCAGGAAUUCUGAUAUUGUAAAAAAAAAUAACACUUUCCAUCAAUCGGUGUUGAUAUUAUAAUAGAUAAUGUUUGAUCAAAUGGAUAGUGCACCAAUUUUUUUUUCUUUUUCAAUCUUGAUCAGGAUCUUGCGUUCUAAUUUAUGUUAAUGUUUUUAUCUUUAUAAUCAUGUUUUGAGUUAAUAUCUUUUCUUUCAGGUAAUUACACUAGCCUGUGUAAAAAUGGUGCAAUAUAUAACAUGUCUUUAUUAGCUGCACUUGAUUUUGAUGUUUGAUAAAGUUGUUUUAUUUUGUUAGUCUUUAAUUCUGAUGCAAGUAUGAAACUGUGAAACAAGGUUAACUGUGAAAUAAAGAAAUAUCUAGUACUAAUCAAGUAAGAAAUACAGAAACAUCUACAGAUGUAAUUUUCGACCCGCAUUCAUUACAGUUAGGAAGUAGGAAGGCCAAAUCUUGGUAAAGAAAAUACAUGUGAUUGACUUAUCUAGUGUUUUAUUUCUUCAGUCAUUCGUGUAUGUAUAUUUUCAAUUUAGUUCCCUCACUCGCCCUUGUGCAUUUCUGUAAUACAAGAGCGAAUAAACAGAUUACAUUUAUCUUUCUUAACCGUAUAAAGUGAGAAGGAAGACUUCAUGAUUUAUGUGCAGACUUCUUGAUCAUUUCGAAGCGUAAUUUAUUUAGGGCUUCAAUAUAACACCAUAUCACAGGCACUGAUAACACGUAGGGCCGUGCAUCUCAGAUUUAACAUUGUUAGACGAUGCCUGUAAGUACCGACUUUGAGUGAAAUCAGUAGAGUUUUGUACAUGUGGUGUUUGACAUGUUGAGAAUCAAUUGAGGUCUGCUAUGUGUGAUUACUGUUGGUAUCGUCAAGAAUAAUUAGUUGGAUCGGAAUCUUAUGGUGUCCUCUUAAUGGCAAAUAAAGUUGAGUGGGGAACUUAUGGUUUGCUCUAAAUUUCAAAUACAAUUCUUGGUAGUUUUAAUUUAUAAAGUCUAUAUCUAUUUACACCCCCUCCCCCUAGAAUCCUGCGGAGUUUCUGCGGGUCCUGCUAGUGUUAUGUUAAUGUUAUAAAAAAUUCAUAGAAGCACAAAUGAACUUGGUUUAUCAUUCAUCAAAUUGUCUCUUAGUAAUAUUAAGGUCAAAUGAUAUGUUUGUGUCCUUGUUCUAACCAAAUUAACAUUGAACUACCAGGUAUGUAUUUUUUUGUUUGUGUAAGGAUUAAGGUCGUUUUUAAAAAGGACACCAAUUUUGAAACUAAGAAGUGUUUGACCUAAAAAACAUGUAUUUUGUCCGUUUAUAUAGCAUAAAGCCCUUGUCUCACAGGAAGUUUAAAACAAAUAUUUGAUUGGUUCCGUAUGAAUUUUGUAAAAGUGAAGAAGUCGCAAUGAUUCUACUCAUUUUCUUUUCUUCUAUGAUAUAUUCCUCUUAUAACUUUUGCCAAAUCCUAAUAUUUAUACAACUGCAUUAUUGUUAUCUGCUGAAUAUAAGAUGGAAAUCGACUCAAUUCAAUUUACCCAUACAGUAGGAUGAAUAUGUGCCAAAAAUAGAUAAGUGUUCUUGACAUGAGUUUUUACCCUCUGAAACAAUCCUGACCAUUUAAAGAAAUAAAGAGGGGGCUGCAUCAUUCCUCUAUUCUAAAUGAAUAUUAUGUCGAAAAUACUUUUCCAAUUUUUUUGUUUCCAUUUACCCUGAUGUUGUUUGCUAUUUUCCGUUUUACAGUACAUACAAGGAUUUAUGAAAAUGCAUUUGUUGCCCACUGAAUAUGAUAUGAAUAUGUCCUACCUUAUAAUGCUUCUAACUGGAAUUUAUUCUAAACUUGAACAAUUUGUUGUAUUAUGUCAAAAGAUCCAGUUGAGUUUCUAGUUCACUGAAGUCAAGUUUUUAUCUGUAAAUGCUUGCUUAGAUAUGGUGGGGUAAACCGCCACUUUUUGUAAAACUUGUAAGUGAAUGACAACUGUGCACAAAGGAUUUGCGUAUUCACUGAGCUCUGUGUUAAAGGAAUUGGGAAGGUGGAGCAUAUUACGCUUUACGUUGUAGAAAAAUUAACAGUUUUGCCACAUCAUAUCUGAACAAGCCUUAUGGAAUUGUCAAUCAAGUUCAUGAAUAUUUUGUCUGCGGCAACAACUCAAACUUUGGCUUGUCAUCUGUGUUAUUAUACUUUUUGAAUGCGUCUUCGAUAAUCACUUGCUAUAAUUGUAUAUAUGCAUAUAUGUAAAUUUUGGAAAGAAAUCAAAUUUUAUAAAUGCCUUUUGUGUAUGAGCACAAGAGUAAAUUCACUAUUAAUUGA